UGGCGACGAUCUCGUUGUGGACGACGCGGCGCGUAACGACGAUAAAGAAGGAACGAAGAAGUAUCGAAAAAAGAAGGUAGAAUAGCUACUGAAAAAAGGAUUCCGAACGAACGUUGCUGGUCGUCUCGGAAGAGAAGAAGCCCCCCUCAUCCUGGAGACGUCUAAACGAAACGCCAAGGUCUCCGAGCCCGCGGCGGGCGGUGUGAUGUCAUGAUGACAUCAUCGGGAAGUGCUGCGGUUCAUUUGAGACUUUAGCAAAUGAAUCCGGGGACGACAAAACGACACAACAUAGAAUAAUUCGGUUGAAGUAAUAAUUGAAGGAAUAAUUGAAUUCUUGGGAAUAGGAGAAGUGUGGGUUUCGAAAUAAUAAAAAAAAGGAAAAGUGAAGAAGAAAAAGUAAAAUAGUUUUGAGUUAAAAGUGAAGGUUUGAAUACGGAUGAUAAGAGCAACGUUGCCGUUUCUCUGGUUGGUUCGUCGGUCUGAUCGUUGGUUGGUUGAGUUGGUUGAGUGUUGGUCGGGGAUUCAGUGCCUACAUUCAGUGGUAGUAGUACAUAUACACAGAAAGUCUCCUAACCGCCAUUUCUCUUUCGAAUCAAUAGCGCUGACGUCAAGUGGGUGACGGGGGGGAAGCUAUCAGCGCCCACGGCGGGGAGGGGAGUGCACUUGUAACUUGGGUAGUAGUGUCAUGUAUCCGCGCAAGUGUCUCUACGAACUGUCCAUGUUUUGUGAACCGCCGUUGCGUGCGGCGCGAGAAUUUGCGCUUCCAGUACUUGCGGAAUUAUGGAUACAAACGUCGUACAAACAGUCGUAACGCAGAUCGUCGACAUUCACGAUUGACGUUUUCUUCUUCCUCUUCAUCAUCAACAACCCCCACGACGAUUGUUACUGUUACUUUGACGAGUUUGUCCGCGUCGACGUUUUUAUAAAUCGGCCGCCCGGAUAACGAGUGUCACGGAGUACCAAGAAUUUGGUCCAAGAUUUCCUCCGCCAUGGGUCGCAAGAAAAUACAAAUAUCCAGGAUCACCGACGAACGGAACCGACAGGUGACUUUCAAUAAAAGGAAGUUUGGUGUGAUGAAAAAGGCUUAUGAAUUAUCGGUGCUGUGCGAUUGUGAAAUAGCGUUGAUUAUCUUUAGCAGCACUAACAAGCUGUAUCAGUACGCGAGCACGGACAUGGACAAGGUGCUUCUCAAGUACACGGAAUACAACGAGCCGCACGAGUCGCUCACCAACAAGAAUAUUAUAGAGGCACUCAAUAAGAAGGAGCAUAAGAACGGCGUUAUGAGUCCUGAGAGCCCCGAACCAGAGACUGAGUACCAACUUACACCCAGGACUGAGGCCAAGUACAGCAAAAUCGAUCAGGAGUUUCAAAUGAUGUUGCAAAGAAACCAAAUGAAUGGCCAAAGGCCUGUAACAAUGGGAAGUAGUAAUUAUUCACAACCAGUGUCGGUUCCGGUGAAUAUAAGUUACAGCGAAUCGGGCCUUCUGCAAUCUAGUCCACAAAUGCCGCACACAAGUAUGAGCCCGAGACCGUCAUCGUCAGAAACCGAUUCAGUGUAUCCGAGUGGCGGCAUGCUCGAAAUGAGCAACGGUUACCCGAAUUCGUCAUCACCCAUGGGUGGUUCACCAUCCCCGGGACCAAGUCCUGGGCCUGGACUUAGCUCUUCUAAACAACAACCACCACCGCAUGGUAAACAACACUCGCCGGGACCGAGAUCCAAUCUCCGAGUGGUUAUACCGACCCCACUUGGGUCUACACUCGCCUCUGACGAAGUUUCGUACGGAGAAUAUCUCUUACAGCAUAAUCGCUCACAGCAGUCAUUGAACACACCUGUGGUGGCAUUGCAGACGCCCGGAUUGUCGAGCUACCCGAGUGCCUUGACAACAUUUGGGGGUGGCGAAUUCAUUGGUUCGGACAUGAGCCUAGCUUCAUCGAUUCCAUGGAGUACGCAUUCAAUCCCCACGUCCCUAGCGCAUGGAAACGCGCUACCCCACCUAUCGGUAUCAAGCAGCACACCACCUCCGGCAUCAUCGCCACUCCCAAUGAACAUCAAAAGCGAACCCGUGUCGCCGCCCCGGGACCAUCAUCAUCACAUCGGUGCCGGAAUUCAUCAUGCGCACGUCCACAGUUUGAACCUUUCGCACAGUAGCCAUCAUACGAGGCCGAAUUCGGCAGGUCAAAUGACUCCAACACCUGGAAGCGUCACACCCACGAAUAUGCCGUCACCACCGGGACCGCCAAGUGGAAACGAUUAUGAUAACGGGCCGCCAAUGUUAAAGAGGUCGCGUAUCGCUGAAGGUUGGCCAUCGUAGGCCGCUCUUACCACCUUCAAAUUGGGUGGCAAAAGCGGCGCUGAGCGCGACAAAACAGCGACACCGCGGAACGCUAGUGCCAUAUAGUGAUUUUUUCCAAAAUACACACACAUACACACGUUUCUUUGCCAAUAUUGUCAUCUAUGUGAUAAACUGUUAAAAAAAGAGAAGAAGAGUAAUGAAAAAAAAAAAAAAGAAUUAAAACAAAAAACAGUUUUGAAUAUUUUGAUGAUGA